CCUCCUCCUCCUCCUCCUCCUCCUCCUCCUCUUCGUCUUGCUUUUAUUCUUCCCGUGCGCGUCCUCGUCCGACUCCUCCUACUCCUCCUCCUCCUCCGCUCGUCCUCACCGCGUUCCCUCCUCAUCUACCUCCCCUCCCCCGCGCCUGCCCUCUUCCUCUCCUCACCUCGCCCGCCGUCUAUCACCCCUCCAUCCACCCCCGCCCCUCUCUCCCUCCUCGCAUCACAAUGCGUCCCUGAGUGACAUCAAUCAGCCCACAUCCCCUCUUCAUCGCCUCAACCCUCUCUCUCUCUCUCUCUCUCUCUCGAUCGACAAUGGACCACUACCUUUCCGCACCACAGGCCGCUCCCAGCAUGUGCGACUUCACGCUCGAAGUCGCCCAGCACCCCAUCCAGGCGCGCGCCUCGGGCUGGGGCUCGCGGUCAGACACCCGUCGUCCGGUUGAUCCACCGCCGGUGGUCAACCUCGUGGUCUCCCAGGACGGCAACGACGUCACCGUCUGCUGCAAAAACUUAUUCAUCCUGCAAGCAACCCUUCACGCAGCCUACCCGGUCGUCCCCACGCCGACCUCGCAAACCACGCCGACGUCCCCCCCGCAAUCCUCAAACCUGAUCGGCACAACCAUAACCUCGCUCUCAUUCAUGAAACACCCGCCCCCGGGCCGCGCAUACUUCCUCUUCCACGACCUCUCCGUCAGACAAGAAGGUUCCUACCGCAUCGUCUUCUCGCUCUUCGAGCUCUGCGAAGGCAUCGGCGCCGUUUGGCGCCAGGAAGCAGUCAGCGACGUGCUCACGGUAUACUCGCCAAAGAAGUUCCCGGGCCUGGACGUCUCGAGCGCGUUGACGCGCGAGAUCGCGAGUCAGGGCGGGAAGGUGCGGAUCAGGCGCGAGGCCAGGGUGCGCAGUAACCGCCGCGCGGCGCUCACGCUCCGGCAUCAGCAGGUCCAGCAUCAGCAUCGCCAGCAGCGCGGUAAUGGCGGGUAUUCCACAUCAGCAGCAGCGAACGAGGAUGGUAAUGGCAACGACGACGACGACGACGAAUACGCGCGACAGCAGCAGAUCAAGACCGAAGGCUACUCUUCAGCAUCGAGUAUAUCGCCGACGCUAGAUCGCCAACAAAAACGGAUCUCUCCACACGACAGCCCUGACUUUGCGCGCGCGUCAGCUGCGUCAGCGGCGGGACAGACGCGGGCGUCGUCGGCGGACUACUCGUUCCAGACCGCGAGUUAUGUGCCGUACAGCUCCGCGACAGGGCUGAUCUCGCAGUCUGCCGCGUCCGCAGCGCAUUAUUCUCCCUACUCGGUCGCCAGCUCGGCGGCGUAUCCUGGGUUCGGCGGGUUCAGCAGCUCAGCAGCGGCAGGGGCAACAGGCAGCGGGUCUUCGUCGACGGCGACGACGUCUACGGCUACAAGUACGACUACAGCAAGCGACUCUGCGCUCUCGCCUCCUCCUCUCCCCCCACCGCCUGUACCUACGCUCUCUCUUCCGCUACCACCCGCACCACAGCUCGCGUACCAACAACAACAACAACAACAGCAGCAGCAGCAACAAUUCCCGCUGUCGUCUACCUCGUCAGGAACAGUCAUGUCGACGGCGGCGGCAGCAGCGGCGGCAGCGGCAGCGGGCGCGCCGUAUUGGUAUUUACCGCCGCCGCCGUCGUCUGCUGUGCCGCGGAACUUCUCACAGAACCCGGUUAUGUUUCCCCAGCUACCUGGUCCGCCUCAGCAGCAAGCACAGCAGCAACAACAGCAACAACUCCAACUCCAACAGCAGCAGCAGCAGCAACAACAGCAGCACCCACAACAGUACACCUUCGGAAACCAGUUCGUGUCGGACCCAGGCAAAUUCGUGUUUGUAGAUUCCUCAUAUUCGCAGGCGACGAGGCACCCGCAAAACCCGGCGCAGACCCUGCCGGCGCCGUCCUCUUCCUCCUCCUCCGCCUCUGCUUCUGCCGCGCAGAACCAGAGCCAGCAGUCAUACCAGAUCGUGCAGCAGUACUUGCCUACGCACCAGCUCGUCCACGGCGAAAACGGCGAGAUGCUAGCCGGCGCGCAGACCGGCAUGCUGUCGUCGGCCGAGCACCACGCCGCGCACCACGCCCACGCGCACGCGCUUCAUCCGCAGCCGAACCAGCACCACGCGCCGCCGACGUCGCUGCCGGGGAUGAACAUGAUGCAGAUUCCGCUGGGUAUGCAGAGCAUACCUAUCGCGUCUGGCGUUUCCGCGCACGGCGUCAUGGGCGAGAUGGAUACGUCUGGCCAUUACUUGUACGAUGAGGGAUUUGACGAGUAGGGAGUUGUGGUGAGGUUGAGUUGUUUGAUAUUUUUUUUGUCUUUGAUAUUUGUGUUUUUUAUGUUUGAAUUUGUCAGGAAUAUGACGGAGUGCGGGGUGUUCUUGUUCUGUAUCUUUAUCUGCAGCUAUGUCAAUUACUGUUUAUUAUCGCUGUCUGUCUAAUUGUUUGCUUUUCUCAUGUUGGAAGGAUACGGAGGAAGGAAGGAACGGGUCACGGAAACGAUCAGCGAGCGCACAUGAACGACGCUGGACCGCGUAGAACAUAUCGUGUAAUAUGUAAUAUAUAAUAUAUAAUACAUAAUAUCAGUCUUUAUCUAGUGAGAAGAGGAAGUGGCGAGAUCGGAGGUCCAGCUCGUGAAGCUGAGAAUGCUCCGGAGGGGACGAUGGGUUGAUCGUCUUGCGCUUGCGUUCUUUGCUUCUCGGCCGAAGACGCGGUUCCCGAUCCCCGGGUUUGAAGUAUUG